GCCAAACUGCAGCGCCUGAGGGGUUAGUGCCGGGCGAUAAAACCGGCUGGCAGCGGAAAAAGAUUCCAAUUCGCCUUUCUUCAUCGCAAAGCAACCUGACUAACUGCCUACCUUUGACCAGCCAGCUUCAGGCUUGCUCACUCGUGCAGCUCUUAUGGAAGCCGCGAUACAUUAUUAAUCGUGGCCUUCCCCGCCUCCUCCAUGGGAUGAAUCACGUCCACCUCACCCAGACUCUGGCCGAGUCCUUCAACGCGCUAGCCGAUGAAGUCCAGUCGCUGAUCGAUCGCAAGACAAUUCUCGAGCACAAGCUUCGCUAUGCGCAUGAGCAGUACCAGUCUCUCGCCGAUAAAUAUGCGCCCGCCGUCCCCGAGAUAGCCGAAACGCUAGCCAAGCUUCAGCUUCCCUCAGACCUGCAGCAGCCUCUUGCGACUGCGGCCGCGCCUGUGCCGCUGCCACGACGUGGUCAACCUAGUAGCCCACGGCAUCAGAUCGCGCUGGCCAUCAGAGAGGGCAGGAAGGCUGCCCAGCAAUUGGCGGUCGGCAUGGGAGACGCUAGUAUUAAAGGCAGCAAGUCGAGCAAAGAGACAUCGGUCUCGCCAGGUGGCGAGACGCUGACGUCCGUGUCGACCGUCCUCGAGCAAGACUUUACGGUCGAGGGCAGGAAAGGUCCACUGCGCUGUCCGUUUUCUGCAAAUCUCGACGAAGCCGUCGAGAAUCCCCAUGUUGCCGGUGACUCGCACGACCUGACUGGCACCACGAUGGACCCCACGCCCCAUAAAUCUUCUGACCCCAUAUGCGCUGCCAUGAUCGAGGAGACCACGUCGGCGCACCCGGCUGCCGGCGCCUCCAAGUGCCCUAUCCGGUUCCUCGACAAGCACUCGCCCGAAGAAAUCGCCGCCUACGUUGAGACCCAUAAACAUGAAAUUCCCCGCAGCCACGAAGUGUGCGUUUCGCGUUAUCAGAAGAAUGAGGAGCAAAUAAGAAAGCUCGAUGCCAAGUACGGCAACCUCGUCAGCAUGAUCAACGACCUUAGCCAUCUUCACCAGCCCAUGUUGCCCUCGGCAGGAGGUGAUGGCGAGCUAGGAGAGGCGGAUAAAGCAUCGAAUAAACGAGUGGUCGAGGACUGGGCGCAGACCGUUACCGCCAGUGCCGACCCCGAGGUUCACGAGGAUGAGAAUGAGGUGCCCGUAGACGAGGACCGUGAGAGUCACUUUGACCGUGACCGUCCGCUAAGAGACGUGCGCGUGGGAGAGUCGCCCAGUCGCCCCUGGGGCAUCUCAGUGCCCCUCUCAGCCGGCUUCCGGCCAGAGGACAUACAGAGGCAAGAUUCGCCCCCGCCGGCGCCCGUAAGAAUGCACAGCCCUCUGCGGGCUCCUGUGAAGGAGCUGGUGGCCACCGCUGCUCGGAAAUGUCCCUUCGACUUUUCGGCGCCGGGCCUCCCCGUGCCGUUUACGAGGACAGAAGGAGCCUCCAACCAGGCCGAGCCAACAGGCGGUCAAGGGACAGAGGCUGAGGCACCGUUUACCCCCGUCAAGAACCGCGUGCGCACCCGGAGUCCCCCGCGGCCAACGUUUGUAAACCCGGAAAUGCCCGUGCCAAAGUCUGAGCGCGGCGGCCAACCCCCUCAGAUGGUAUUCAAUAUAUCUGGGCCCGUGUUCAUCGGGUAUCCCAUGGAGCAGGCCAUUCAGUUUAUGCAGCGUUUCCAAGGCCAGUGAGCUUGGAUCCGCCCCUCGGUUUUUUUUUCUUUCUUUUUUUUCUUUUUUCUUUCAGUCUUGCUUGGUCCUCAUCAUCAGUCCUGGACUUGUUUUCGUUUUGGAAUUGGGCAGCGAGGAGUUGGAGCGAUAGCCGGUGUUUUAUUUAUUUAUUUAUCGAUACCAACGAACGAAGGACAGGAGAAACUCCCCGACGCAGCAUGUUUCUAUUCAUGUAUUGUACUUUGACACACGCCCCUGAAGAGCGAGCGAGCUUCAACAGCAUUCAAACGAAUCACGCGAUGAUGGUUUUACAUACGCCACGAUUUGAUGCUGCUUAGUUGAGACACAUAAUUCUAUCUGAUAUUUGUACAGA